CACUGCCACCAGCUGUUUAAAAAAAAGAUAAGAAGAAGAAGAGAAAAGGUUAUGAAAACACGAGCGUUCCAAAAUGUUAAGAAAAUCGCUUAAUAACCUGGUGCCGCGUUUUGGCCAACUUUCGGGUCUGUCGCGAAGACUGCAGAGCACACAACCGGAGCAAUCCCCAGAAACAGAGCCGGAGGACAUUGCCGUGAUCGAGCAGCGCAUAUUGAAGCAUCCGGACUACUUCCAGGUCCACAAUUUAUUUACCGUGCGCGACCUUUUCAACGCCCGUGUGCACUAUGGCCACAAAGAGGGCUCCCUGGACGACCGAAUGCGUCCCUAUCUUUUUGGCAGCCGGCUCGGACAUCUUAUUUUCGAUUUGGACAAGACGGCGUCGCACUUGCGGGAUGCCCUGAACUUUGCCGCUCACAUCGCCUUCCGAGAUGGAAUUAUUCUGUUCUUUAACCGAAAUGCUUUGAACGCGCACCUCGUUGAGCAGAAGGCUCAGGAAGCCGGUGAAUUCUCACACACGCGCUUCUGGCGCGGCGGCAUCUUCACCAACGCCAACGUUCAGUUCGAUGCAGUCACUCGGCUUCCGGAUCUUUGUAUAUUCCUCAAUACACAAAACAACGUAAUGGCCCAGCACACGGCUGUGCGAGAUGCCGCGAAGAUGGCCAUUCCUACGAUCGGUAUUGUGGAUAGUAAUUGUAAUCCAAACCUCAUCACCUAUCCAGUGCCUGGGAACGAUGACACCCCGGCGGCGGUGGAGCUCUACUGCAACCUCUUUAAGGAGGCCAUUCUGCGCGGUAAGCGAGAGCGUCGCCAGCUCCUAGGUCUGCCGCCCCUGGAUGAAUCCCAACCUCGUCGCAGUCGGAAACCCAAAAAGUAGCUCUAAGUGCAGAAUUUGUUACAUUUAUUUGAAUACAUGCCGAUGUUGUCAAAGAA